AUGAUCCCCUCACUGCUCUUGCUAGGCCUUAUGGCCCUUGUUGCUCCAUCCAUGAGCUACAGUUGCUAUGGUGACAUAAGUGCUCUUCAACUCCCCAGGGUCUCCUGUACAGCUGUAAGAGCCCCAGACUGUGGGCUUGCCAUGAUCCGGAGGGCUGCCGAGGCAGACGUCGUGCGCCUGAGGAGAUACGAGAUCCCCAUUAGGAGAGUGGCCAGGAAGCUGUGCUUGGAGCCGGCGCUCAUCGCCGGCCUCAUCUCGCAGGAGAGCCGCGCUGGGCUGCUCCUGGACAACGGCUGGGACCGGGAGCGGCACAAGUACGGCCUCAUGCAGCUUGGCAGGCAGCUACAACGCCCUCUCGGACUGUGGGACAGUGAAGAACAUAUAAACCAGGGCUCAACCAUCCUGGUUCGUGCAAUUAACGACGUGCGGGAAAGACAUCCUACCUGGACCUGGGACCGACAGCUGAGAGGGGGAAUCUGUACCUACCAUGCAAGAAUGGACAACAUCCCAGUCUAUGAGGAAGACCCCUGCGACAGAGACAACUACUAUGUCAACAGCGUGAUUAGGCGAGCCCAGUACUUUAAGAGACAUGGGUUCUAG